AUGUUUGAAGACCAUGUUCGCUAUGAGCUAUUCAAAGUUACAAAGUCAGAAAACAAGAACUACGUUGUGUACGAACUUGUGAUGAAGAAAGAUGAACCAGAGAAAAUGGAAACAGUACAUGCAUUCUGGAUCAGAGCUGCAGAAGAUGGUGCUAAGAGAGAUUUAAAGUGGAUAGAAAAGUAA